AGGGGGAAGAGCCGCCGGCGGUCGCGAGAACAGCGGCGGGGAGAGGCGAGCCCCCCGCGCCGAUUCGCAUGGAGAACUGCUCUUGAGGAGAGAUCCAUUUGUUGGGAUGUAAUAAAAAAAAAAGAACGAAUCAAGAUAAAACCUCUAAAUGCAAGUACCAGAAAAAUUACAACACAUCUCAGUGAAUUUGCAGGUGGUUCAUCUUUCCUUGUGGGUUGGCAGGCAGUCAUAGGACUGCAAAAUGGGUCUCCGGAUUCACUUUGUUGUUGACCCACAUGGUUGGUGCUGCAUGGGUUUGAUUGUCUUUGUCUGGUUAUACAACUUUGUUUUAAUUCCCAAAAUUGUCCUCUUUCCUCACUAUGAAGAAGGACAUAUUCCAGGCAUAUUAAUAAUAAUAUUCUAUGGCAUUGCCAUAUUUUGUCUGGUUGCCUUAGUGAGGGCCUCAAUAACUGAUCCAGGAAGACUUCCUGAGAACCCAAAGAUCCCACAUGGAGAAAGGGAGUUCUGGGAAUUGUGUAACAAGUGUAAUUUGAUGAGACCAAAGCGUUCCCAUCACUGCAGCCGCUGCGGCCACUGUGUUAGGAGAAUGGAUCAUCACUGUCCAUGGAUUAACAAUUGUGUUGGUGAAGAUAAUCAUUGGCUUUUUCUGCAGUUGUGUUUCUACACUGAACUUCUUACUUGCUACGCACUGAUGUUUUCUUUCUUCCACUAUUAUUACUUUCUUCCGCUAAAAAAGCGUAACUUGGACCUCUUUGUUGUUAGACAUGAAUUGGCCAUAAUGAGACUAGCUGCCUUUAUGGGCAUUACAAUGUUAGUUGGAAUAACUGGACUCUUUUAUACUCAACUAAUUGGCAUCAUCACAGAUACAACAUCUAUUGAAAAGAUGUCAAACUGUUGUGAAGAAAUAUCGAGGCCCCGAAAGCCAUGGCAGCAGACCUUCUCAGAAGUUUUUGGCACUCGUUGGAAGAUCCUGUGGUUUAUUCCUUUCAGGCAGAGGCAACCACUGCGAGUUCCCUACCACUUUGCCAAUCACGUCUAAACAGAUGGAUGGUGGGCACAGAUGGGUCCUCCAUGCUGGAAAUGCGUUACAGGUUUUCUGAUAAUAGAACUAUGACAGUCUUCAAGUCAAUUAAAAUCCACCCACCAAUCUUAGGCAUCAUAAUGUGCCCCAGGCUUUAUUUUAAUAGUGAUCUUGAUCCUGU